UCGUGUUUUCAGUUUUCUUGUGCUCUACAGAGGCUAAAGCCUAAAAUGGAUUGGAUCAAAGUAUCUCUAAUAGUAGUAACGUUAACGUCGGUAGCGUCCUCAAACCCUGGUCACAAUCAUUUCGUGCACAGAAUCCACGUACCGCAGAAGAUCAAGACGAUCUACCACACUAAAAUCUUAAAGGUGCCCGUUCACCAUCACUACUUCCACGAAAAAGAAAAACUGGUGCCCGAACAUCAUCACUACAUCCACGAGAAAGAGAAGGUGGUCAAAUGGCAACCGCACGACAACAAAGAGGAGGAGCUGGGCUUCUACAAGGGCGAGGAGAGCUACGAAAAGGACGAGAUUGAGGAUUAUCCACGAUAUCCGCCUCACAAGGACGAUUACACCAGCGCCUCCGAAUCGAAAAAGGUUUUACACAGACGUCCGCCCCAAAGGUUCAAACACCACAAGAGAAAAUCCCACAGGAGAGAUUGAACUUAGUGCACGUUCUUAAUAAACUGAAGGGGCAUUUCGUAUAAGCGAAUAACAAAGAAAUGGGUAAUGGUUUAUUAUUAAUCAUUAUUUUUCCAGUACAAAAUUUCAGUUCAGUGUUUUGUUUUGCUUGUCAGUGAGAUAACAACGGAGACUGAAACCAUUUAUUGUUGUUGUUGUUGUUCUUUUAUAAUUUAUUGUUUACCAGUAUUGUUGUUCUGUUUUAUAUUGUGUUUGUAUAAAAAUAUCUAUUUUUCAAUA